ACGAUUAUACGUGAAAAUAAAAAUGAAUUUUUAAAAUCAGAUCAUGACAAUUUACAACAACAUCAUUUAAUCAUUUUGUCAAGAUUAAAUCCAUUGAUUGAACUAGAAAAUAUUUCAGAGCUUGAUAAUGAUGAAGAAAUAACGGUCAUAGGUCAAUUUAUAUGUGAUCAUGAAAAUUCAAUAGAAACAUCAAAAUUUUUAAAAAAUUCACUUAGCAUAGAAAAUGCUGAUACAAAUGAAUUGAAUGAGAAUAGAGAAGUACGAUUUGAAAAGGAAUGGUAUCAACAAACGGUUCAUGGUCUAGAUAUACCUAAUAAUAUAUUCGAAUGGAUGAAUGAUAAAUCAUCGAAAACAAAUUUAGGUGAUAUAUAUCAACUAAUUGAUUUAAAAAAAUCUGAACAAAAAUUUACAACGAAAAUAUUAGAUAAACGAAAAACAAUUCAUAAAUCAAUUCGAUAUUCUCAUCAACAGAUUUCAAAAAAGCAAUACUUAGAUUCACGUUUUGCCUGUGAAAAUGGAUUAAUAUCAAUUUAUGCUCGUAACAUUAUUUUGAACAUGUUAAAAGUUUGGUCAAAUAAUGAUUCAAAUUUAUUUCCUUUCGAAAAACUUGGUGAUUAUCCAUUUAUUGUAAAAUUAUUGCGAUUAUUGGAUUAUCAUUAUACAUAUAGAAGUACAUAUAUAGAUGAGAAUAUUGAUAAAAUAACUAUAUUAAUUCAGACAAUUAUUCAAUGCGAAGUAAAAGAAUUGAUUAAACAAACAUCGAUUAACAAAGAAAUCACAAUUAAAAUAUUACAAAGUAAAUCUCCUUUACUUUAUGAAUUACAAAAGGAUAUUAUUAUUCAAUGUAUUCGUUUCAUAUUGAAACCUUCGUCAUUGUUAUACGAAUUGGACAAUGAAAAAUCAUCGAUU